AUCUUAUGCUGGAGCUAAAAAUAGCCGUACGUCUUGAGGGUGCUACUGCUCGGAGCAGGAGAAACUGAGGUUCGAGGAGCGAUUUGUUUUUGGGGGUUGAUUUUCUUCUUGGUUUAUAGACUAGAGACACAAAGCCUUGAUCUUGUUUGGAUUAGUUCAGAAUGGUCCGACCUUGGAAAUAAACGUUUGGGAAAACAGAGGAAAAUAUCAAACAUGUAACCUCGGAUGAACGUUGUUGUCCUCGCCAAAGCGCCGCUAUCAUCAGCUUCAGCUUCAACCAAGCCGCCAACUAACAAAAACAGCAAAAGAAAUCGCAGGUACCACCAGCGGUACUAUGAACGGAGAACCAGCACAAGUAGCAACAGCAGCUUCUACAACCAAAAUGGAGACAAGAGACGUCCGGUAAAGAAACGAUCAAGGCAUAGAAAAAAUAUGGGCACCUGUACCUCAAAGAAGAAACCGAAGGAAAAUCCGGAGCAGCCGGAGACGGAAGAUGUUUGGAAGAAACGACCGGAAGAACCAGUUUCACCUCCAAUAGAAACUGGGUUGUAUAACUUCAGGAGAGAGGACCCACUGAUAACAGAACUAAAGGCCGUCCUACCGUGUAGAAAUGAAAAUGUUAACACUCCGUCCUAUGCAAAAGGAAUUAAAAUGGCGGACGAUUCUUCUUCUGGUAGUCAUGGAUUUGUGACGCCAUUAUCAACUCCACCAGUCAGAAGGGUCCAACACCCUGUUUUCAAGGUCGCGACUCCACCGCCAUCAAGACGAGCUGUAGAACCUGAAACAAACAAGAUUUCGAGCCCUGUUCUCCGUCGGGUGAAAAAACAAAGCGAAGUCGUGCCACCUUCACCUCCUCCAAGGUACAAAGAAUUGUUUCUGACAGAAUCUCAACGAUCUGAAUCAUCAGAAGUGAAACACAACGAGGAAGCACCCGAGUUACCUCCGCGUAGAAAUAGACUAGGCAGCAACAAACUUUCGAGUCCUAGUCUUUCGAGAAGAUCAGAAAACAAAAAGGAGUACCUCAAUACACCAUUAACCAAGCCACCCGAGGAGUCAACUCAUGCAGUUGAAUUUAAGAAUAAAGAGACUCAAAUUAGAUGUGAAAAUUGCAACUCUCCAGUUCUAUUAAGAAAAGAUGAUCGUGCCCCAACACCACCCCCUCGAAAAAACCAAGCAAAUACCAAUAAACCAUCUGCUCAGCAUGGCUCCCCUUCUGUUCGAAGAGCAUACCCAGUGUUCAAAAUUGAAACCCCGCCUCCAACAAGACGAAAUAUUGAAACAAAUAAAGAAAAUACCGAACUGAAAGAUAAUGAUAAACAGAAUAGUUCUGAAAAAUCUGAUUUGACUAAUAUAUGUCAAAAUGAAUUCCCCAAACCCCAGAGUAGUCCCCCUAAAGACCCCGAUUCGUCAAGGCCAAUAUACUCAACCAUUACCAAGCCGAAAACACCACCCGAGCCUGUCGCAAGACGAAAGCAAAGGGACACAGACGACUCACUCGUGGUACGUGACGAUUCCAGAUACCUUAUAAGAAAGGAGAAAACUUUAUCCAUGGAGAUUGAAGAAGAAAAUCUCCGCAAUUAUUUAAAAGAACAUGCUGGAAAAUCCUCAGCUACCAUGAAUGUGUUACCUGGUCCUGUGCUUGUGAAACAACUCAUGAUGCCUUCUCCUUUCCGAGCAGUUUUAACAGAUGUACCUCCACCGAGUCCGAAUUCUCUAGAAAUUUUAGAGGAAGAGGAAGACGCGGAGAACGGGAUGGAGGAUGACACACAGGACAGAAAGAGUAAAGAAAUGGACGAAUUUAACGAUAGCGUGUGUCAACGACUAUCACAACUGCUGGAAACUAAAGAAAUAACUAAAAAUAGAAGUGAGGUAGAAAGCAUCUCUAUCGAAAAUAUGAAUGGAUCGCAUAUUAACAUGUCAAACGAUAAUGAGGGUAGUGGAAUAGUUCUUAACGAGGCAGUACCACCACCACCAGAGUAUUUUGACGAAUUUUCAAUAGAUCUCAUGAAAAGUUCAAAUCACGAAAUUAAUGCAGCUAAAACUGAUGAAAAUACAUUAGCUGAAGUAGUCUCAAAGGAAGAAAGCGUCCCGUUGUCCAACACCAAUAUAAUUAGUCCACCCCGCAACAAAUUUAACUACAGGGAGUAUUGUCAAAAUAAGAAGCAGACGAGUAAAGGAAUACAAGAGAAAAUUAACCUUAUUAGUGAAUUGAAUGCGUCCUCAAAUCGGGAGGAUCCGGAUGGAAUAUCGGAUAAAGUUGUGCUUGAGGAGAGUAUUGUACCAAUUUCAAUUAAACGAAGGAGUUACGAACCGUACUCAGAAGACAAACAGUCGGAACUUUUAUGUGAUGUAAUUCAAUCUUACGCAAAAUCAGAGGAAUCUGAUAUUGAAAAAAUAAUGGAGGAACCGGUUGUAAGUAAAGGUGCCGUUCAAAUGGAACAAAAGAAGAAGAAAUCGUCCUCUUUAGACAGAAAACCAUCAAAGCUUGACCAGUCACUGAAAAAGCUUUUCGAAGUUCCCGUCGAAGAGGAUACCAUUGAUAAGCUUCUUCCUUUGGAAUCUUUUCUUGAUGAUGUAAUGGACCAACCUUUGCGAACAGAGGGAACACUUCCAUACGAUCCAUUUGAUUUGGAAGAAAGGUUAAAGAGCAGACGAGCGUUGGCUGGGCGCCAGUCCGUCACAAGGACGGAGUCCGACAUUGACAUUUCUGAGCCUGGCGAUGAUUGGAGGGAUGACAUGAGUUCAGACAGUAACCAGGCAGACGACGAGGAUGAGAUUGAAAGCGGAGAAGUCGUCUUUAGUAAGUCGUACCCCGACACACGAAGAUACUCGCAGAAACGGCAGGGACGGGGAAUUGUGUAUGACGCUUCAGUGCAGCAAGGUACAUUCCAAGACGACGACGACUUUUCAGACAACGAUUAUGAUGAUGUUGAAGAUUAUGAAGUAGAUGAAGAAGUCGAUGAUUCAGAUGAAGAAUUAUGGAUAGAUGAAAAAGAUCUAGAGAAGCGUGAGGCGGAACCAGUAAGUUUCGGGGCGGAUUAUUAUCCCAUGGAUCAUCCAAGAGAUGCUGGGGAUGUAGCAUAUAACAGUGCCAGACGACAGAUGCAUGAAAUUCACUCACAUUUAUUGAACUUGAGAGAUCAGAUGGAGUAUCUGGCUGACGAGUCAGAAAAUUCUAACUUAAAACCAAGUAGAUGUAGUGGAGUUUCUUUAGAGAAGAAGUCCUAACACUAUCAAAAAAGGAUGAUAUAUUAAUAGGUUUUUUUUUUAUUUUGUGAUAACUGCUUAUAGCGUGUGAACAGUUUUAAAAUCAUAGACUUCAGUGCUUAUUUACCGUGUGUAUUGCAUUCGGAAUACACAAAAAGCAUAGCGUAACAUGGUUUGCUAGUAUCCGCUUGGGAUUGCUCACAUGCCCUCGCAAACGAGUGUAUCACGUGUUGAAAAGAAGAUUAACAUAAGGAUGAGUCAUUUCAGACAUAUUUUGCUAUAUACUUUGAUGGAAGAAUUAUACAAAUAAAAAAUGGAAAAUAGUUUUAUAUAACAAACGAAUUUUCUAUAUUGAAAUGAUUGUAAUUAAAAGAAACAAACGAAAGAAAAUAAAAUGCAGAAGU